AUGGCCGCAAGGUUUCUCUCGUGUUUCCUCUCAGACUGUGAUGAGCGCCGCCGCCCUGAGAAGAGGACAUGUGACCUGUGCGGAGUAGGCAGAAUCCACAAGAACGAUUACUUCUGCCCCUACAACUACAUCCACGGGCUUUUCAGCCUCAGAACAUGCAAAGAGCGGUGCCCCCCGGGGAGGGGGAGGCACCCGCUCUUGCUCGACUCCGCCGCCGGCUCCGGGACUGGGAGCCAACACCAGCUGCGCCGCCUCGUGCGCGUGACCAACGUGCCGCUGAGCGUGAUCCCCGACGACCGCGAGCUGCGCGGGCUCUUCAGGCGGUUCGGGCCGCUCGGCAUGUGCUUAACGAGCUCGAGGAGGCAUGACCCCGUGGGCUUCGGGUGGGUCGCGUUCGAGAACCGUGAGCACGCGGAGGAGGCCAUCACCAAGCUCAACGGCCACCUCGUCGGCGGCCGCAGGCUCCGAGUCGAUUGGGUAUAUCCACACUGACAUGUUUGAGAAAUACACCAUCCGUUGAACUGCAAAAACACCUUAUAUUAUGGUAUUGAAGUAAUAUUCCUACGUA